AUGAUUAUCAUUAAUUUAACCUAAUUCCAGACAUUGUGGAUUAGAAGAUCCAUCUUGGUCAGAGCUUCAUCAUUUUGUUUGGUUUCUGAACACACAGCUGGUAGAUUUUGAGAAUAACAUGUUUGUUAGUGCAGCUGCUGCAGAAGAUCUUCCUGGAUUCUCCAAAUUUGUCCUCAGAUUUCUUAUACAGAUGUCAAGGGAUUUUUCUACACGAUCACUGAAAAUGAGUGAGGAAUCCCCUGGUGUAAGACCAAAAGCUCAGCUGAGAGAAGAGCGUAUGGAUGAUGGAGAAGGUGACAAUGAUGACGUUGGUAAUGACUUGGAGGCCUAUCAGAUGAGGAGGACAUGGGAAAGCAGCCCACAUCCAUAUUUGUUUUUCAACUCGGAUAGAUUUACGUUCACUUUCCUUGGAUUUUUCAUUGAUCGAGCUUCUGGAAAUUUGAUAGAUCAACAAACAAGAACUGUUCUAGAAAAUGGAAUAAUGGCUCAAAAUUUGUAUGACUCUCUUGUCAGAAAUCAUGCUCCAAUACAAGAAAACUUUGAUGCUCUCCCAAGAGAUCAGAAAAUCAUGAAGUUAUGCAAUGUAAUGGGGAUAGAAUUUCCUCAUGAUCCUGAUGAUACCUAUGAGUUGACAACUGACAAUGUGAAGAAAAUCAUGGCAAUAUAUAUGAGGUUUAGGUGUGAUAUACCAGUUAUCAUUAUGGGAGAGACAGGAUGUGGUAAAACAAGAUUGGUCAAGUUUAUGUGUUCUCUACAACAACCACCUGGUGUUGACAUGACAAACAUGAUCCUUAUGAAGGUUCAUGGUGGCACAACAAACAAAGAUAUCAUAAAGAAAGUGAGAGAUGCUGAACAAAUAGCCAAGAGGAACAAAGAAAACUAUGGGAACCAUGUGUACACUGUUUUAUUCUUUGAUGAAGCAAACACAACUGAAGCCAUUGGACUUAUUAAAGAAAUCAUGUGUGAUAAAAGUAUGGAAGGAAAGAAACUAAAAUUAUGUGAAAAUCUGAAAAUGGUGGCAGCUUGUAACCCAUAUAGAACACAUUCAGAAGAGCUAAUCAAAAAGUUAGAGCAGGCAGGACUCGGUUACCAUGUUGAUGCCGAUGAAACAACAGAUAGACUAGGUCGGGUACCAAUGAGGCGUCUUGUUUAUAGGGUCCAGCCUCUUCCACAAAGUUUACUGCCCUUAGUGUGGGACUUUGGUCAACUGAACACACAAGUGGAAGACCUUUAUAUUAGACAAAUGGUCAGAAGAUAUAUACGUGAAGACAAACUGCCUAGUAUUGGAGGUCUAAUAGAAGUUGUCAGUGCAAUCCUAACUUCCUCACAAGACUACAUGAGGGAACAGAAGGAUGAGUGUAGUUUUGUGUCACUAAGAGAUGUUGACAGAGUGUUGACUGUGAUGAGCUGGUUUUACCAACAGAGUCAAGGGGAGAGAACUCUGUAUGACCUAAUGGACGAGAAACUAUAUGGUGAGGAGGAAUUCACAUCUGAAGAUGAUGAUGAUGAGGAGGAGGAGGAGAAUGAACAGAUGAUUAGAGAUGAUGAAGGGGGUGACAAAGUAGAUGACAUUACCCGUUCUCUUAUACUAGCACUUGGUGUAUGCUAUCAUGCCUGUCUGAAAACUAGGCCGCAGUAUCGUGCACACAUUGCACCAAGAUUCCGUGCACCUUGUCAUCUUCCAGGUGGUGCUGAUCAAAUACAAGAAGAGAUAGAAAA